UCAGACCGUCCUUUUUCGCUGGAUGCAAUUUAGCUAGAUUUACCCUUUCUUUCACGCGGUUUUAUCAUUCAAAGACCUUUUUACAGAAGUCCAACACACUCUUGUCCAAAACAGAACAGAAGUUUCAAAAAAAGAAUGGCACCUCAUUCACGAUCAAGAUCUGCCUCUAAAUCAAGGUCUGGGUCACGUUCUGCUUCCAAAUCAAAGUCUAGAUCAAGGAGUCGAUCUCCAAAACGUUCACGAAGUCGUUCAAGAUCUAGGUCCAGAAGCCCUGUACGCCGUAGAAGAUCAUACUCGAGGUCAAGAUCAUUUUCCAGAAGUCGAUCAAGAUCACCUUAUUCAAGGCGUGGUAGAGAUAGCAGAUCACCUAUGUCAAGCAGAAAGCGUCAUGUUGGAAGCAGGGAAGCUCCUCCACCUGGAAAAUGUCUUGGUGUGUUUGGUCUUAGUAUAUACACAACAGAAAGAGAAGUAAAGAGUGCAUUUCAAAGAUAUGCUGAUGUUGUUGAUUGCAACAUUGUCCACGAUCAUGCUACUGGUCGUUCUCGUGGCUUUGCUUUCAUAAAUAUGGCCUCACUGUCUGGCGCACAAGAUGUUAAAGAACGUUUAAAUGGUAGCGAACUGGAUGGACGGCGCAUACGUGUUGACUAUUCUAUAACGCAAAGACCACAUACUCCAACACCUGGUGUUUACAUGGGUAGACCAACUCAGUCUUCUAAACGAGGAUAUCGGGGAGGUGGUGAUCGAUAUGGUGACAGAGGCGGUGACAGAGGCGGUGAAAGAGGAGGAAGGUAUUCCAGACGCUCCUAUUCCAGAUCUCGAUCCAGGUCACCUUAUUAUCGUGACCGGUACUAAAGCUUGAGCAUGCAACACAAAGCAGAACUAAAAACUACUGGUUGUUUUACGUACCACUCAGCUUUUUUCUAUGUAACACAUUUCGUGUGCACGCGAAAACAUCAUUGAUCGUUAUACUAGUUUUCGUUUUAAUGUAUAUAUAUAUAGUAGUAGGUUUUACGUUAAGUGUCACAUGUUUUUUUUCAGUAUGGAAUAUGAUUAAGAACGAAGUUUGAACCAGAAUGAGUUAUCCGAAGAAAGAAGCCAAAAGCUUCCAAGAAUUUGUAAAUUUAUGAAGAGAGUUCAAAAUGCUUCGUAAUCAACGUAAUUUUGAAGAAAGAAGCUAAAAACUUUGAGGGGGUACAGAAAUUAGUAUUCUUUUGUUGCUUUGCGAAGAAAGAAGUUUUAAGAAAAAAGAGAAGAAAGAAGCCAAAAGCUUUCAGAUUAUGAGAAAAAUUUUAGCCUUCCAUCUUAUGAAGAAAGAAGCAAAAAGCAUUCAGAAUGUGGGAAAAUAAGCUUUAGGGUUCGGUUCAGAAGAAAGAAGCUUUUAAAAAUUCUAAAAAAAACUUUGCAUAAGAAGAAAGAAGCAAAAACAGGCUAACGAGAAGGUAUCUUGAGUUAUAGGAGAAGAAAGAAGCAACUGAGAAAAAAUGGAAGAUUUUAAGAAGUAUUUUCUUUGCUUUCCCUCUAAAAAAGUGAGAAAGUGUAGGGUUUUUUCCAUUUAUUUUUUGCCAUGCUAACAAGUUGAACUUUAACGUGUUUACUUUUUAAGAAAAAAAACGAACCAAUAA